AUAUCAUAAUACGAAUGUAGCUACAAUUUUUUCCGAUAUUGUAAGAAAAAAGUAUAAGCAAGUGGGGGCGGAAGUAGUUAGUCGGUAAUUUGUGUAUACUGUUUGCUGUACUUUGUGACACAGUAUAUAAAAAGCCCGUGAAACUAGAAAAAAAACUAUAAAAUCGAGCAAUAUUCUAAUGGGAUGAUCAUACAUUUGCAAAGUUUGAUAUUCAAAAUAUUAAUGGAUGUCUAUUUCUUCGAAUAUUAAUAUGUGUGAAAUAUUACGUAGCAAUUUUCUUACUUUCGCGAUAUAUCUUGAAAUGACAACCACAACACAAAUAACGUUUGAAGACAGGAAUAUUUUUCAACCGUUUUAGUUGCAAUGCAUAAUCUGUUUCGAAGAAUUUAUUUUUAUAUAGUUGUUUGGUUACCAGUUUUACGCUUUUUUCAUUAACUGUUUCGGAUUUUGAGCUUUUUUGAAAUUAAGUCAAGAAUGUAAUAUGUCAGCAAAUUUAUGUCAAAAUACAACUAUAUUGCAAAAACAGCAACUUCGCAACUUUCUAAUAGAAAUCAAUAUUCAAUCACCUUGAGCUUAUAUGAAAGAAAACUCGAAAAUGCCAACUAAGAGGGUGAAAUAUGAAAAAUAUUGUAAAACUAUGCUGGAUUGAGUGGAUUGAAAAUAUGCAGUGCCAAAUUGUUUCAUGGGGGAUGCCCAGCCUACAUUCGCUCGUCAUACGACGAGCUCCACUGAUGGAUAUGGGUACUGCUACCAGUUCUGUGACAUCUGUCAAUUCUUCUAACAAAGUUGCUACAAGUCAGAAAAAAGUUGAUAAGUCUAACAAACUUACUGGAGUCAGAUUACCAUUAUUGCGCAAAGAAGCCAGUGUUAUAAAUCUUUCAUUGACAGAGAGAACUGUAGUAGGUAAAGGAGUAGAUGCACCUUUACUUAGACCUGAAAGUAGUGCAAGCUUGGAAGCUCGUGGUAAUAGUUGGUUGAGUUUAGGCCCCACAGGAUUAAGAAAAUGUGAAACUACUGUGGGUUUAAGUACUUCUGCUUUAGAGGGCAGACCUAUAAAUCGCAGUCGAGUAUGUUCUCGCUGCUCCAGUUUACUAUCAUUGGCAUCUAGUUCCCGCUACAGUUUAGCUGCAGGCAAUUUUGUUCCUGCAAGUUCUCAACAAGCACUUGGACGUAUCUUUUGUAAAUUAUGUCUUGUUGAUACUUCUUUUUCUAAAACAUUUAAGAUAGAAGGCUGUGGUUGUUCCUAUUGUAAAGAUUGUAUGAAAGCAUAUGUUGAAUUUGAAAUUGAAGAAGGUGCAUAUGAAAUUAGUUGUCCUGAUGCACAAUGUGAACAUGGAGCAAUACUUUCCAUGAAGGAAAUAUCAAGUCUUGUUAGUGCUGAAUUUGUGGAAAAACAUCAUAAAUUCCGAUUAAACAGAGACGUAUCCAUGGAUAAAGCACGUGCUUGGUGUCCACGUGCAGGUUGCGAAACAAUAUGUUCUAUAAAUGCUACUGGUUCAAAUGGAACUCCUAUUGGGCCAGUUCAUUGUCCUAAUUGCUCUACAGAUUUCUGUUCUAUAUGUCGGGAAUCUUGGCAUACUGGUCCUUGUUCAGAUAUUUCCUUGGGUAUACCAUUUGAUGGUGAUCAUAUCAAAUGUUGUCCUAUGUGUUCUGUACCUAUUGAAAAGGAUGAAGGAUGUGCUCAAAUGAUGUGUAAAAGAUGUAAACAUGUGUUUUGUUGGUACUGUUUAGCUUCUUUAGAUGAUGACUUUCUAUUGCGACAUUACGACAAAGGACCGUGCAAAAAUAAGUUGGGUCACUCACGAGCAUCAGUUAUUUGGCACAGAACACAAGUUAUUGGAAUUUUUGCUGGAUUUGGAUUACUCUUGCUCGUUGCAUCGCCGUUACUUUUAUUGGCCGCACCAUGUAUUGUAUGCUGCAAAUGUCGUGUAUGUGGUUCAUCUAGACUUGAACAAGAAGAAGGUGAUACUGCAACGUAGGAAAACAUUAAAAGUUUUUCAAUAUUCCUGUAUAAUUCCCCUCCACUACGAUAAAUAAUUAAAUUAGUGUAUCCAAUCCGUGCACGUAAUUGGCGACUUAUAUAGAUAUACAUUGAAUUUGGUGCAUCAUAAAUUGUAUGACAAAAAAUAAUAUAAAGGGAAUAUAAUACCUAUAUUGCGAAACAUUUAAUUUUAUAAAUGAAGCGAAAUUUAAUAAUAUUAUGUUUUCAAUCAUUUUUGUGGAUGUUACUUAUAAUCAAUAAUUAUUUUCAUUAUUUUGACAUAUUGCAAACUUAUGAGUUUAAAAAGGAUCAAUAUAUUUGUAUAUAUAUAUUUAUGGUAUGAUUGUUUUUAUAUAUAUAAGAAAUUUACGUUUAUUAAAAGCUACUUAAUAUCUAAUUGAUAUUUAAUAGUUACAAUUUAAAUUUCGAAAGCUAAUAAGACUUUUUUACUGUUAUCAGAUUCUAGUAAUAUUUUCUCAUUUUCAAAAUGUCUAUGUAUCGUAAAUACUCAUAAUUUUUGUUUAUGACAUUCCAAAAAAUUAUAUUUAUAUUGCAUUGGAUUGACUGCCAUAUUCAAAAUUGUUUUAAAUGUUUUUUUGUAUACAUCAAAUAAUAGCUUGUUUCAUAAUUGUUAUAUAUAUAUGUGAUUUGCUGUUAUAAUCUUUAGCAAUACUCAAUAUUCUGUUCAUGUACUUUUACGCUUUUACUAAUAUAUAAAAAAAGUUUUAUGAAUAUAUCCAUAAAUGUAAAAUAAUAAACAAUGUAUAUCUAUAUCUGAAUUCAGUAAAAUUAAGAUAUGAUUGUUUCAAAAUCUUAUAAAUUGUUGAUUAUAUUGUAGACCUUUUUGUUUUAUCAGUGCUACUUCGUUUAGAUUGGCAAAUAAUUAAUUGUAUGUAUAUUUAUUAUCAAUCUACAUGAAUCGUUAAGCUCUACCACAUUUAAAAACAUCAAAUUUACGAAAACCUGUGAAAAUUCCAUUAUUAAUAUAUACUUAAUAUAUUUACUAUUAAUGAUAUAUUUAUAAAUACCGUUUCCCGAUUUUGAGGGAUAUUAUUCCGUGUGUGUCUUAAGCAAUCCUUUGAAUUGAUAAUAGAAUAUAGAGCAAAAAUAGUAAAAGCAUUAUGUUAUAAUAUAUAAACAAUAAAAUUAGAUUACUAUAAAGCAUAUAAGAAAUCAUCCAAUUUCUGACUAUAAUUAUAUACAAUAAUACCAGGUCUGUCAAAAUAUUCAUUUUUGCCUAAGAAAUUUGUCUAUCCGUUGUGAUGAAUUUUUGAUAUAAUUGGCAUUACAAUGUAAGAAUGAUUUUCCUCAUUUUAUAUGUGCAUAUACAUGUAAUCUCACGUGCACAAAUGCAUGUACAAUGAACAUACAGUGCAUAUACAUAUGUAUCAUACACAAAGUUAGCAUUGCCUAAUCAUAGUAUGUGAUUAGUUAAUAACAAUGAAUUAUUAAAUAAAAAAUGAAAUAGAUUAUGUAAACGUGCAAAUUUCUAAAUAGACAUACAUUUACAAUCUCUCUUGUAUCAUUGAGAAUAACUGUAUAUAAUCUGUAUUUGAGCAUGUAUAACUGUGUGUUAUUGAUCAUGAUAUGUAAAUAUACGCAUGAUAUAUAUAUAUA